GGGAAAGCGAGGAAAAAUAAAAUAAACCCAGUAAAAUAGGCAGUCGGCAGACCACGGGCCCCUUCGUCCACCUCCGGCCGAGCAGUGCCGACUGCCGCCACCUCUGAAAAACCCUAGCAAAAAAAAAAAAAAACAUUGCCCAAUCCAAAUCCCCAUUCCCUCCACUCCCAAAAUUUCGAACUCCGAAUCGAAGCUAUCAUGUGCGAGCGCUCACCUACCCCACGUUGACUAGAAGAACCGUCCGACUUCAACUUCCCAAUUUUGCCUCCAAAAAAUUCAAAAUAUUAUUCGACCCCGCCGCCAUCCCGUCCGCCCUACAAAUCCCGCCAGCAUGCGCUCCAUGUUCGCCACUAGGUCGCUUCUCGCCGCUGCCGCCUCCGCCCCCACCGUCCUCCGCGCCAGCGCUUUCCCAUCGCGUUCGCUGCUCCUCUCUCUGCCUUUCCCUCGGGGUCGUGCUGCCAGAAAUAUGCUUGGCGCGGCGAGGUCGAUCUCUUCGGCCGCCCCGUCGCGAGUCGGAGGCCGUGCGGCUAUGGAGGUCCGGGCGGCUCAGUCCGGCGAGAUCCAUGUCAUCGUGGGCCCCAUGUUCGCCGGCAAGACCACCGCGCUCCUCCGCCGGGUCCAGGCCGAGGCCGGCAACGGGAGGAGCGUGGCACUAAUAAAGUCCGACAAAGACAACCGCUAUGGAUUGGAUUCUGUUGUGACUCAUGACGGUACAAAGAUGGCGUGCUGGGCCUUGUCAGAACUGUCAAGUUUUCAUGACAAAUUAGGAAUUGAGGCCUAUAAUAAGGUAGAUGUUAUAGGUAUCGAUGAGGCCCAAUUCUUCGACGAUCUUUAUGAUUUCUGCUGCAAAGCUGCAGAUCGUGAUGGAAAAAUUGUAGUUGUUGCUGGCCUAGAUGGUGACUACAAACGGAGAAAGUUCGGUUCAAUUCUUGAUAUUGUUCCUCUGGCUGACUCGGUCACCAAGCUAACAGCACGCUGUGAGCUAUGUGGUCGCCGGGCGUUCUUUACACUGAGGAAGACGCAGGAAACCAAGACUGAACUAAUUGGAGGAGCAGAUGUGUAUAUGCCUGUGUGCAGGCAGCACUACAUGGAUGGGCAGAUUGUUAUUGAGGCCACAAGGAUUGUGUUGGACCUUGACAGAUCCACCGUGACGGCGAAAGCCUUGAAAUAGGCCAAUACCUGACUUCUGCAUGCAGAUUUGCAGUGUGUAACGAUUUAUUUAUGAUGACAUUGGUUGCUGUCGAGUGUUGAAGACGCACACCAGUUGGUGAAAAGCUGUUGGCCUUGAGAUGCUGCCACCAGCGAGGGAAGCCAAAUGAGUUGAUCCCACAAAGUACUGUUGAGAAGUUUGUAAAUAUCUAACAGUGUUUGGGUUUAAAAUGCGGACAUGUAUCGCUUUUCUUAUGCAAUUGGCAUUGUCAUUUUUAUUAAGCAAUCAGAUGCUUGGAAUCAGCUGUACGAAUUUGUACCACAAAGGAAUUGCAUUCAAGUUUGAAAGUAAACUAAGGCUAUCUCCAUCAUGUAAAUGGAUGUGUAAAGUACUGUUUUUCACUGUAGAUCGUACUGAUUGUAGAGUGUGUAAUUUGAAAUGGAGAUUGAGACA